CUUUGACUUAUCUCUGCGUCUCUGCCUGCCUACAUACAAUAAUUCGAGAUAUGCCCUCGACGCCUGAACAAAGAUAUUCGGGUGGCUGGUUGAGUCGCUACGGCCUCAGGUUUCAACUGGCCCAUUCGAUGAGACUGCGCCCUGGCAGAUGUUUCCAUUGCCACCAUCUCUUGCCAAGGCGUCAAAAGAGGAGUUGGGCAGAAGAAACAAGCGGCUACCCAGACGGGGGUUUCGCACAGGCUUUCUUCCUUUCUUUUUAUAGUGGCCGUUUGAUCGGUUGAUCAUGGCGGGGGUUUUGGUGGCAAGCGAGCAAGCUUAACUCGACCAGCACCUUUGAGAGGGGAACGAUGAACCCCUCGCCUUCAAACUGGAAUCCACACUGCACACCCGACCUGUGUACCUCGCUCAUCGAACCCGAUUCACGUCACCUGUUUUUCCCCUGACGAUGAGGCGCAACCCCCUUGGGAUGGCACAUACAGGAAGGAUAAUGUAUGUAGGCAAUAGGAACCAUCAUUCCACAGGCUGACACUACUGCAACUGUCGGGCGAAGUGCCUCACUCAUCCCAUUCAUGAUUUGUUCCUUCAAGAACCUAUGCCGCAGCAGCUGCCAGCUGGCACCCGUCAAGCCAUCUGCUACUGCACUUCCAGGUUGCCAAGCCUUCCAAGCUUCCAGAUGCUCCUCAGAAGCUCUGGCUUUGGGCCUUUCCGUCAUAAGCCGACCUCACCUCACCCCACGGACGAACGACAUUUGUAUCUGUCCUCGAGUCCAUUCACAAUGACAUCAGCAAACGAUGGCAACACCAAACCCACCCGGGGCGCCCUUAUCGUCCUGGAAGGCCUGGACCGGUCAGGCAAGACAACCCAGGUCAAGCUUUUGGAGCAGCGGUUUGUCGAACUGGGCAAAUCCGUAAAAGUGAUGCGCUUUCCCGACCGCACAACCCCGAUUGGCCAGAUGAUUAACUCAUACCUGACUUCCCAAACAACCAUGUCGGACCACGUGAUUCACCUGCUUUUCUCGGCCAACCGCUGGGAAGCCGCGUCGCUCAUCACCUCGUUGCUGUCGCAUGGCACGACAGUCAUCUGCGACCGCUACUACUACAGCGGCAUCGUCUACUCGGCCGCCAAACACAACCCCCUUUUACCGCUCUCGUGGGCUCGCUCGCCAGAGGUCGGGCUCCCCAGACCAGAUUUGGUCUUGUUCCUGGACCUGGACGAGCAAGAGGCCAAGAAGAGGGGAGGCUGGGGAGGUGAGGUGUACGAGAGGGCCGAGAUGCAGAGGAGGGUGAGAGAGUUGUUUUGGGGUUUGAGCUUGGGAAAGAUCGUGGGGGCGCCGCAUUCUGCUCUGGAGUGUGCCCCUGGUGAAGGUGCAGGCACCAAAGGAGGAGGAGAGGAGGAAGUUGCUGUCGGUCCACCCAGCGCACAAACACCGGAUAUCAGUGGAGGGGUCGAGCACCGGUUCAGACAAGAGGAGGAGGACUUGCAUGUGGUAGAUGCCAGUGCGAGUGUGGAGGAGGUUGCCGAAGGCGUGUGGAAGGUGGUCAGGGACAGAGUGGAGGCGGUGGAACGGGGCGAGGUCGGGAAGGUGGUGCGAAGAGUGUCAUGAUUUAUUCAUGCCCCAUGCCAACAACACAUUGUUGAUCGUAUGCUAUUGAAUGCUAUCCUAUCCCUCCUGUCCGUAGCGUGCCAGACUACAUUAUGUUGAAUGAUGGCAGAUGCGAUGUUGAGAUCAUCACCUCAUACGUACCAAUAAAUCAUGCAUGUAGAUGCGCCCGCCCAACCAAAUGCUCCAUGCUGUGUCGGCUGCGCUGCAUCGUGCUCUCGUGUACAGACCGUGACCGUCUUUCCCAAAACGCCAUGUUUACGUAUCUUCUUUUAUGAGGGAAAAAAAAGAGAGAAAACAAAAGGAAAGGUACAGAAAAAGCAAAAUACCACACCGUAUUCCCGAAUAUUUGUACUAGGCAUCGCUGCCACCCAUCCUGCUCUUUUGUUGAAAAGAAUCACACAGCCAGCAACACCUUGUCAACGCAAAGGGUAUCAGUUGUUUUACCGGCGGUUGACGCCAAUCAGACUCAGAAACUCGUUUCUCGUCUUCUCCUUCCUUUCAAAGCACCCCAGGACGCAGCUGGUGAUGGUGCUCGUCGUCGUCUUUUCCACCCCCCUCAUGACCAUGCACAGAUGGCUCGACUCCAUCACCACGGCCACACCCUGGGGUUUGAGCACCUCCAUGAUGGCGUGCGCCACCUCCUUGGUCAGGCGCUCCUGGAUCUGCAGUCGGCGGGCAAACAGCUCGGCGAUGCGCGGCAGCUUCGAGAUGCCAAUGACGGCGUUGGACGGGAUGUAGCCAAUGUGCAUCUUGCCGUUGAAGGGCACCAGGUGGUGCUCGCACAUGCUGAACACCUCAAUGUCCUUGACGAUGACCAUCUCGUUGUGGCCUUCCUGGAAGAUGGCGCCGUUGACAAUGUCUCGCACGUUUUCCUGGUAGCCCUUUGUGAAGAAGAGCAUGGCUUUGGCGUAGCGCUCGGGCGUGGCCAGGAGACCCUCCCUGUCGGGAUCCUCGCCGAUGCACUCGAGGAGGGUGCGGACGGCGCCCUUCAUCUUCUCCAUGCGCAGCUCCUUCUGCUCGGGGGACUCGUCUAACCUCUCCCGAGUGCCGCGGCUGGGGCGGGAGAGGCCGUCAAAGUCGAUGAGGGGGCUCGGCGAGCGGGUCGACGUCUCGCCAGCCUCUUCCGGUGUCGGAGCGAUGGCGGGCUCAGGGACGGCCGCCGACGAGGUCGAUGUCUUUCUCUUCUUCUUCUUUGGCGUGGGUUCGGGCUGGUCCCGGAAGUCGCGGGCCGGCUUGCUCAUGCUGGAACGUCUCUCGGCGUUCUGACGGACGCUGGUGCCGUUGCCGCUGGCCUUGGUGUCAUCUCCAUCUUGGUCGUCGGCGGCGCUGGGGCGCUUCUUCUUGCUGCUGCUGCCAUCCUUGCCCUUGGACCUUUUGGUGCGCCGGGGUUCGCCAGCGGACGAGGCACCCGAGGGGCUCUGGCUGCGAGAGGGCGAUACGAACUGAACCAUGACGGAAUGCGCAGACACGAUGGAUGAUUCGGAGUGGGCGGAAAUGUGUCGCCGUUGAAAGGAAAAAUGGGGGAACUCGUUUGUUUGUUUCGUAGAAGGGGGAGACAGGAUGAUACAAUGGCAGGCCGAUGGCGCAAGUGGUCGAGUCAGGAUUGGCAGACUCCGGUCCCC